AUGACGUCCCCAUUUCCGCCGCUAAGCUUUAUCUUGUCAGUCUGAGGAAGUCCUCUCUUGUCCCCGUGCGUUGCUUUCAAUCUUGUGUUCCUCGAGCACCGCGGCCGAGGAGCGAGCCCUCAUCGCUUCGGAUCUCAAAAUACGGAUAGGGUUUGAUUGAGAAGUUGGAGUAGCAGGAGGGGUUGUUUGGUGGAGAGGCUGCGAUUUGUGGGGUUAUCAGUAUGAGUCCGGACAGCAGCAGAAGCCCUCCUCGAGCACGUCGGUUCCGCACUGAGCGCAUCUCCUACCGUGACGCCCCUUACAGGAGGGAACGCCGCAGCUACCGGGAUUAUCUGUGCAAUAACUGUAAGCGUCCUGGACACUAUGCUAGAGACUGUCCAAAUGCAGCUGUCUGCAACAAUUGUGCGCUCCCAGGGCACAUUGCAGCAGAGUGCACUGCAAAGACCCUGUGCUGGAAUUGCAAGGAGUCUGGACAUGUUGCGAGCGAGUGCAGCAAUGAACCUGUCUGCCACACAUGUAACAAAACAGGCCACCUGGCUCGUGAUUGCCCUGGCUCAGGACUAGGCCCCUUUGACACCAGGCUCUGCAACAACUGCUACAGGCCAGGUCAUAUUGCUGCAGACUGCACCAACGACAAGGCUUGCAACAACUGCCGCAAGACUGGUCACCUUGCUCGUGAAUGCCCUAACGACCCAGUAUGCAAUAUCUGCAAUGUUUCAGGCCAUGUGGCACGCAACUGUCCCAAGGCAAGCCCAUCAGAGAUCCAGGGUGGGCCCAUCCGUGACAUCAUAUGCCACGUCUGUGGCCAGCCAGGUCACAUCAGCCGUGACUGUGUUGAUAUUGUUAUCUGCAACAUCUGUGGUGGGCGCGGUCAUCUGUCUUAUGAGUGCCCCUCUGGCAGGUUUUUUGGUCAUGAUCUCCGAAGAUACUGAUGUAAUUUUGGUUCCAGUGUUGGGUAUCGGAUACUGCAAGGUUGGACUACUGUGACUAUUCUAGUUGAUGCUCUUUUCCAAAUUUUGGGUUCACAUUAUUGGGGAAGUCUUUACUCUGGUGGGCAUAUAUUUGGGCUGGAAUUGAACAUUGAAUCUUCAUUUACUUGAGCUGUUAUACAAUAUUCUGACAUUUUUACGUAUGUCUUUUCUUCUCU